UCGCGAUAACUUUGUGGUUAUAAAGGCUGCACCCCGCGCACGUCUCGGGCGUCGUCUUCCUUCCUUGCCGUGAGUGUUUCUCGGAGAUCUGUGACUCGGUCCUGCUGAUAGCAAGAUGUCUUCAGGAAAUGCAAAAAUUGGGUAUCCUGCCCCCAACUUCAAAGCCACAGCUGUUAUGCCAGAUGGACAAUUCAAAGAUAUCAGCCUAAGUGAAUACAAAGGAAAAUAUGUCGUAUUCUUCUUUUAUCCUCUUGAUUUUACUUUUGUGUGCCCCACUGAGAUCAUUGCUUUCAGUGAUAGGGCAGAAGAAUUUAAGAAACUCAAUUGCCAAGUGAUUGGAGCAUCUGUGGAUUCUCACUUCUGUCAUCUGGCAUGGAUUAAUACACCCAAGAAACAAGGAGGAUUGGGACCCAUGAACAUUCCUUUGGUAUCAGAUCCCAAGCGUACCAUUGCUCAGGAUUAUGGAGUCUUAAAGGCUGAUGAAGGUAUCUCUUUCAGGGGCCUUUUUAUUAUUGAUGAUAAAGGUAUCCUUCGACAGAUCACUAUAAAUGAUCUUCCUGUUGGCCGCUCUGUGGAUGAGAUUCUGAGACUAGUGCAGGCCUUCCAGUACACUGACAAGCAUGGUGAAGUGUGCCCUGCUGGCUGGAAACCUGGCAGUGAUACCAUCAAGCCUGAUGUCCAAAAGAGCAAAGAAUAUUUCUCUAAGCAGAAGUGAGCACUGGUCCAUUUUUCUGCCAGGCUGCAUUGGUCAGCCAGAAGAAAAUUUCUUGUACUCUAUUCAUGCUUAAACAAAAUGUGGUGUGAUUCAAGACAUCCCUUUCCUACAGUACUGGGGGCGGUUAGCCUUUCUUCCACUAUUGGGAAUAACCUGAGGUUUGUUGUGAGUUGCAGAAAUCAACCUGUUGUUCCUUUUUUUAGUAUCUAUUAAACUUGAUCUCUGAGAA